AGAGAGAGAGAGAGAGAAGGGAGGCUAGCUCAUCACCACCAGCCAAGCCCGACACCGCCCGCCGAGCUCACCCCCAUCACCGAACUCCUCACCAUCACCGCCUCCCGUCAUCAGCGAGAACACCAGUCGAACCCACCAUCACCGCCAACCUCCUCUCACCACCGGAGCAGCCACCACCACCUCCUUCUAUCACCACCACCACCGUAGCACCUCCACCAGUCGUGUACACCAUUACCACCGUACCUCACCAAGCUCACCACCGAAAUCCCACCACCACCGUACAUCAUCAUCUCCACCUCAACCGGACGACACCAACCGAGAUCACCCCACUGCCGAACACCAUCACCACCUACCGAGCUCACUGCCGUAUUCGCCGCCGCUCCGACUCUCUCCGAACCGCGUUUCGCCAGACGAGAGGUUCAGAUUCGGGUUCGAUAAUUAGACAGUUUGCCAUGAAUUUGAUAUGGGUAUUGGUAUUAAUAUUGUUAGUUUUCAGCAAUGGACAUUUUUCAAAUGGGGUUAGUACAAAUUCUUCUAAUAGACCUGAAGAAGUGAAGAUUGGGUCUAUGUUUGCUUUCAAUAGUGCAAUCGGGAAGGUCGUGAAAGUUGCCUUAGAAGCUGCGAUUGAAGAUGUGAAUUCCAAUCCAGCAAUUCUUGAAGGAACCAAGUUGAACUUAACCAUGCACGAUGCCAAUUUCAGUGGAUUUCUGGGGAUGGUCGAGGCAUUAAAGUUCAUGGAGAGCGAUACCGUGGCCAUCAUUGGCCCCCAAUCUUCUGUUACGGCUCAUGUGAUUUCCCAUAUUGCAAACGAGCUUCAAGUCCCCCUAUUAUCUUUUGCAGCGACGGACCCCACCUUGUCCUCACUUCAGUAUCCGUUCUUUGUGAGAAUGACCCAGAAUGAUCAGUUUCAGAUGGCUGCUAUAGCAGAUAUAGUUGAGUACUAUGAAUGGAGGGACGUAAUUGCAAUCUUUGCUGAUGAUGAUUUUGGGAGGAACGGGAUAGCUGCAUUAUCAGAUGAACUUGCAGAAAAACGAUGUCAGAUCUCUUACAAAGCACCUUUAGACCCUCAAGCUACGCGAACCGAGAUCAUGGACGUUUUGGUUAAGGUGGCUUUGGCCGAAUCUCGGAUUCUUGUUCUUCACACUUAUCCCACUUGGGGUCUAGAUGUUCUUUCUGUGGCACAUUAUCUUGGGAUGAUGGACAGUGGGUAUGUUUGGAUAGCAACCAAUUGGCUCACUACUGUUUUGGACACUGAUUCUCCCCUUUCUUCGGAAUCAAUGGAUAAUAUCCAAGGACUCAUUACAUUGCGUAUGUACACGCCAGAAUCGGAACUAAAAAGAAACUUCGUUUCUCGUUGGAAAAACUUGACGACUCACCAAAUGGCGAAUGGCCCUUUUGGGUUGAAUACCUAUGGUUUGUAUGCCUAUGACACUGUUUGGCUACUUGCACAUGCUAUUGAUGCCUUUUUCAGUCAAGGUGGAAGUAUCUCCUUUUCGAAUGAUUCCAGAUUAAGUGAGCUAAAUGGGGGGAAUCUGCAUCUAGAUGCUCUGAACAUCUUUGAUGGAGGAAAGUUAUUGCUCAACAAUAUCCUAAAUGUCAAUUUGACUGGUUUAACGGGUAAUGUGAGGUUUUCUUCCGACAGGUCCCUCUUUCGUCCUGCGUUUGAAGUGAUCAAUGUGAUAGGCACGGGAGUUAGAACCAUCGGUUAUUGGUCUAAUUAUUCUGGCUUAUCAGUUUUGCCUCCGGAAACACUCUAUUCAAAACCAACUAAUCGUUCCAGUUCAAGUCAACAUCUAAACCCUGUGAUAUGGCCCGGACAAACGUCACAUAAACCCCGCGGAUGGGUUUUUCCAAACAAUGGAAGAGCGUUGAGAAUUGGAGUCCCAAAUCGAGUUAGUUAUCGUGAAUUUAUAGCAGAAGUGCCAGGGACUGAGAUGUUCAAAGGGUACUGCAUUGAUGUUUUCACGGCUGCAGUGAACUUGUUGCCAUAUGCUCUACCAUAUAAGUUGAUCCCCUUUGGGGAUGGUGUCAAUAACCCUAGCUGCACUGAGCUUGUGCGCUUGAUCACAGCCGGUGAAUUUGAUGCUGCAAUAGGUGACAUUGCAAUCAUAACUAAUAGAACAAGAAUGGUCGAUUUUACGCAGCCAUAUAUCGAGUCUGGGCUAGUCGUGGUGGCACCGGUCAAGAAGUUGAACUCUGAUGCUUGGGCUUUCUUGAGGCCAUUUUCUGGAAGCAUGUGGAUGGUCACAGGUGGUUUUUUCCUACUUGUGGGAACUGUUGUUUGGAUUUUGGAGCAUAGGUUGAAUGAUGAUUUUCGUGGCCCUCCUAGGAAACAAGUCGUCACUAUUCUAUGGUUUAGCUUUUCAACUUGGUUCUUUGCCCACAGAGAAAACACAAUAAGUGCUCUCGGUCGUCUAGUGCUUAUCAUAUGGCUAUUUGUGGUUCUAAUAAUAAAUUCCAGCUAUACUGCAAGUCUAACCUCAAUCCUCACAGUACAAAAACUUUCUUCACCCAUUAAAGGGCUUGAGAGUUUACGCACGAGCAAUGACCCCAUUGGCCACCAACAGGGUUCAUUUGCCCGCAACUAUCUGAGCGGUGAACUUGGCAUUCACGAGUCUAGACUUAUUGCUCUUAACUCCCCUGAGGAGUAUGCUGAAGCCUUGAAAAAGGGCCCGAAGAACGGUGGUGUCGCUGCAUUGGUUGAUGAGAGAGCAUAUAUAGAACUCUUCCUCUCGUCGCGUUGCGAAUUCAGUAUAGUAGGUCAAGAGUUCACAAAAAACGGAUGGGGAUUUGCCUUUCCAAGGGACUCGCCUUUGGCAAUUGACAUGUCAACUGCCAUUCUAAAACUAUCAGAAAAUGGGGAACUCCAACGAAUACACGACAAGUGGCUUAUGAGUAGUGCUUGCAGUUCCCAAGGCGCAAAGCUAGCCGUGGACCGCCUCCAACUCAAGAGCUUUUCAGGACUCUUCCUUAUCUCUGGACUGGCGUGUCUUCUUGCUCUCUUAGUGUAUUUCGUGAAGAUGGUGGGACAGUACUUCCGCCAUUACUCUGGGGAGGAGCCAGAAUCUUCUGGAAGCUCGCGGUCAUCCCAUUUUCAGACGUUUCUUACGUUUGCUGAUGAGAAAGAAGAGAGCGUGAAAAACCGGUCCAAGAGAAGGCAGUUGGAGAGGGAUUCGAAUAGGAGCAAUGGUGGCGGUAUGGAAUCGACAAGUGCUGCUUCCAACAGAAGAUGUACAGAAAUGGCGUCAAACCGAAGUGUUAGUUUUGGUUCUGAAGUCUAGUUAACACUUCCAUGAACCAUAGUUUUCACAAAUAUAUAGCAGCAUAUCGAGAAGUGGAUGUUCUUUAUACCAUACUAGUGCGAUGCCGACGCGCUACGCGCGUCGGUACUUCUUAAUAGGUAGUGGAAUGCUUUGCUUAAAGGCAUUGUGUAGAUAGUAUUUGAUCUAAUUAUAAGUCUUGUGUAUCAAGUGUUUGAUAGAUUUCUAGACAUGAUGUAGGGAUGCAUUAUUCGUAUUCCAGAACAUGUUGAGUGUGAGUGAUAUUGUUAUUUUUUUCGUACAAUUAUUUUCUGUGUUAUUUCUCAAAUAUAGUAACGAAUCAUACUGUAGAGAUGGUGUGAAGGGAUUGUUGCAGGCUGGGUGAUGAGAAGUUAUUUACAAUAGCAGGCCUCAUAAGGUGGAGUGAAUCAUUUACAUAACUUGAUGUUUGCAAGGAAGUACUGUUGUGUGUUUUUUACAAUGCCGAACAUAUAUUGGAUCUGUUCGACAUUUUAAGAACAACAAAUCAGAACAUGCAAGCGUCUACCGUCCAUGUCGAAAAUGAAGACAAUCGAUGAUUUUCCCAACGUCUAGCGAGUGAGCAUUUAGGAAUUCAAACCAUUUUGGUCCUUCUAAGCUUCCUGUCUUGCAAUUAGAAGGCCAUGCCAUUGUUCCAGAAGUGAGAAGGAGCUCUUCAACGCCAUAUUCCAUCAAAUGGUCAGAAAAACUGUAGGGAAGGUAUUGCAAACACAUGCAAUGAGGUGAGAGGUUGAUUGACAGUACAUAAUAAGAUCAAAUUGUUGAUAGUUGUUUUGAAGAAAUUUCACUAACCACUUUUUGCAAGUCAAAUGGCACCAAUUGCUUGCAGAAUCGGAGGUGAGGGUCUAGAUCUCUCAGGGUCACUGGGUUAAUCAAUGUUCGAAUUAUAUCUGUGCCAUCAAGGAAUGUGCUCAAAUUAAUAACGUGUGUGUAUAAUGCGUGCAUAAUAGCAGAAGGAGAUACUUACACAAAUUGACUUCGCACAACUUUGGCAUUGGAUCUCAAUCUGGAUCAACAAUGGCAUGCAUGAAAGGCUUGUAUUCUCCCUUAUCAAUUUCUUAGUAUGUGUCCCAAAUACGUGCAAAUCAAAGGUUGCGUGGCCUAUGUAACUCACGAUUCAUAUAUGAGUUGCUUCGUUCGAUCAUGAUAUAUUUUUUUCCUUAGUCAUCACAUCAUGUGAUAUUUAUUUAUAAAAUUUGUUCUUGAUCAGAACAAAAUAAUGAAUUAUUCUUGUUUACCAAAAGAAUGAAUUAAUUUUUUCACAUUCCGUAAUUUAUGGCCAUUUCAAAUCUAUAAAGGUCCCGUUUGAUUGGAAAGAAAAUUGUGUUAGAACAUCUUUUUGUCUCCAUGCGCAUAAUUGAAUUGAAAAGUUUUGUCAAAAUCUAGCAAUGAAGUAUGGAAUGUACUUUCCAACCCUUGGUUGGAUUUCCCCUUCCCUUUUCUUGUUAAUGAAAUGUUACUUUUGCUGAUAAAAGAAAUAUACCCUUAAUAUACAUUGGUUAUGAUAGGGAAGGAAAAUAUGGAACUGAUAGAAAGUGUAAAAAAGAGGUGACAACUUUCACAAGAAAAUGGAGUUUUCCUAUAUUUUUAGCAAUAAAGUGAAAGCUAUGUAAGAAAAUUCACUUUCUAACUUUGUACUAUUUUUAUGUCAAUCAACCACUAAAAAAAUGUCAUGUUUUUUUUUCCAUCUUUCUUGGAUUUUAGAUCAUUUUCACUCUUAUGGAAAAAAAUAGAUCAAUAUUAUAUAUAAAAUGGAAAAUCACAUUUAGCUUAAUUUUUCUAUUCAAUAUGUCAACCUUUUAGUCAUAGUACGACUAAAAGGAAUGAUAACGUUUCCAUUUUUGAAAUCCCCAUGCUAGGUAAUUAAGUAAAAAAUUUGAAUUUGAAAUUCGAUUACUUUUUCCAUAGCUCAAAUUCUAUGUAAACAUGCAUGUUCUCCAUUAGAUCACCACCAUCCCAAUCCAAUAGAACUAUGCGCGCCCUAAUAUAAAGCCUCAACCACGUAAUUUUUAUGUGAACAUGCAUGUUCUCCAUUAGAUCACCACCAUUCAAUCGAUCUCUGGGCUACUAAGGAAGGCGAACAAGUUGGAGAUGGAGCUUGAAAAAAUCACUGCUAGAGAGAGGAAGAUGAAGAUAUGUCUUGCUUCAAGUUGGAUUAUUUUUGCAGCUGUUGUGUUUGGGAGCAAAAUCUGCUCAUUUUGAACAAAGACUAAGACUUUGUUCAUUUCGGAUUGGCUAGGUGUAAGUGGUUGCGGUAUGUGCAGGUGUGUGUUGUUGUGGUAUGUGUCUGCUCUUUUCAGAUUGAUCCCCCAAUAUGGGAUAAAAUAUAACGUGUCUGUAAUGUAGUAAUGCAAAUAGUGUAGUAGUUAAUGGGAAAUUAUUGUUAAGUCCUGUUCAAUAUGUUAUCCAUUCACCUGCCAUUCAUUUCCCAUUCAAAGGAAGAAGAAAUUGGGGUUGUCAUGACCACAAUAUGGUACGUACCAGGCAUUUAACACAAAAAAUGGCCACUCUCAUGACCCAGAAAUUGCCAUUACCAACUAUUCAGGCACAGAUUGUUGCACUGACAUCCAAAACAAAAGGCCAUUUGCAAACCAAAUAUAAGCUAUUACUACCCUUAACAAGAAACCACUAUCAUUUGAAGUCAUUACAAACGCUCAAUGCCUUACCAACUACCAAAUGUUUUCAACUACAAGUCAACAUCCAAAACAAAUUUCAACUACCUAAUACUACCAUGAAGAACACAGAUUACAACUUCAACAUUUGGACCGCUUUAGCUUUAUAAAAAACUAUGUCUUUACAUGAUA